GUUUCGACUUCCUUUGAAGCGUAUACCUAUUUCCGGAAAAGAAAAGUCUAAGAAGAACGGUCUAAAAAUGAAAAUUAUGUGACGUUUUCCAGAGAAUUGGGAACGGAUUUGAACACAAUCAAGAUGGCUGAAAGUUCAGGGAGGUCAAAGACAAUCAUCACCCAUCCCCAAGCCAUCCGAGAGAAUCCUAACGGGGCUGUUAAAGGGAGAGAAACACGAAAAACUAAAGCAGCAUUAGAAGAGAAAGGCACGGUUCUGCUGAGACAGCCAUUGCCCAAAUACAACUACCAAAAACAGACCAGGAAACCAAACUCUAUAGCAGACACAAAAUAUGUGCAACCGGUGGCAAAUGUUGAACCUUCUCCCAGAGGAAACUCUUUUGAAAAUGGAGGUAAAAUAGUGUACAAAGUGAGCCCCCUUAAAGCAGGGGAUGUGGACACUAGUGGAAAAGGUGGAGAUGAAAAACAAGCUAUUUCAGUGAGAGAGACACAGACGUUGGUACCGAUGCUGAACGACGACGCAGAAGGUACUAGGAAGAUCAGUGGGCAAUCUGAAUUGGAGGAAGUCAAGAGACUGAGAGAGGAGAAUGUGGCAUUGAAGAAUGAGCUAGACACCAAGGUUACCAGUCUGACAAAGCAGCUAGACGUACAACUUCAGAUUAACACAGAAUUGAAGAAGCUGUUGGUAGCGUCAGUGGGAGAUGAUCUACAUUUCACGAUGGAGCAUCUCGUUAGAGACAAAGCACAGCUAUCCAAGGAACUUGGACAUUUCUCCAAGAAGCUGUCAGAAGAUUAUGAACACAUGGAUAAGAUCUCCAUCCAGGCUGACAUGUGGCGUAGCAAGUUCUUAGCAAGUCGUGUCAUGAUUGAUGAAUUGGCAGCAGAUAAGGCCUACUUUGCAAUGCUCUGCCAGGAAUCCCAGAAUGCCUUGCAGCAGUUGCUAAAUGAGAGGCAUGAACUCCGAAGGAAUCUCUUUGAAACUUACAAGUGCUUGGAGCAAAUUAGAUCUGCAUUUGACCCUCUGACCUCUCAGAAACCCACAAAGCCACCUUCCACAAAUGCCCUGGACUUGGCCCGUAUGAAUCAGAGAUUGACUGAAAAUAUUCGGUACCGACUACUUCCUCACGAUACCGUGAUACAGAUAGAAGCCAGCCCAACCUGGGAGGACAGUCUCACUCUGGCCGAAUCGUACGCCCACCAGUUAUUGUCACGAGAUACGGAACUGGAAGUAAACCAAAUGACCUUGCCCUCUGCCAUUGCUUGUCGUUUCCACCCAUAUACCAAGUUUGACAAUCUGACCUUCAAUUGUUGUGAAAAGUGCAAAGGAGAACUCACUUCUGUCUGAUUUAAACUUUCUUUAAUUACUGUACAUUAAUUACAAUCUCCUUCAAAUGAAUUGCUAUAUUGGUUACAUAUCGAAAAGGUGUCUGACUUUAAAUUUGAUAUAAUCUCCUUUGAAUGAAUUGUAGCAAUUUUAUUGAGAAAGUUUUCUUUACUUUGUUAAUUUGUAGGAGUUUUUUGCAUAUCUGUUGUGUUCUGGAUGCCAAUAUACAGUCAAAUCUCUUUUAAUAUCUCAAACACGAUGAGGCUUCAAGAUAUCUGAGGGUGCGAGAUACUGAGGUUAAAGUACCUAAAGGAAAUGUAGUAAUGGGAUUUCCAAUUUGCUUUGACAUACAUUGUAUCCAUGAUAUUUCUGUUCAAGAAACUGAAGUUCAUCUGCAUUUCCUGUAGAAAUACAAUUGUAAGAAGUAGAAUUCGGCCACUAAGGGGGUGAAACUUCAAAGGAAAACUACUGAAAUCUUCUCUAGAACAUCAAGGCUACAGUAAGUCAAAUCAAAUGAAAGCAUCCUCCUAUAGAGUCAGGAUAAUUUCCCCCUGUAAAUGGAUCAUCUGUGUGGUGAUGAGGAUUGUAAGGAUACAUGUAUUGUUAAUGUACCCAGAUUAACUUAUUUUUUUGUAAGAAGAUAAAAAAAAAUGAUUUAAAAAACCCAACUUUUUUAAAGGUCAGGUUUUACCUACAAUUUUACGUAAAAUUGAAUGAUCUCCAGAACACAAAAGCUUCAGGUUGUCAACUCCUCAUGAAAACAUUUUGAUAUUUUUGCUUUAUAAUAAAGAUAUGUACAUUUGUAUGUUGGUUUAGUACUAAUUUUGAUGUAGAGUUCAUGUCUUGUUACCGUUUGGAGUUCAGAGAAUUAUUAUUGUUUCGAAAAUCAUAUGUUUUAUUUCAUUGUCUGAUGGACUUUUGUUUAUAUUUGCAGUAAAAGCAUAUUCAAUGCCACAGAAAGUUUACAUGUCAUUAUGACCAUAGAUAUUUUCUGUUGUCAUAAUUUUGAAUUGUUUUAAAUAGUUAGAUAAUUGUUUUUGGAACACAGUAUAGACUUUUGAAUCUGUGAGCUAUUAUGUUUCAUGUUGAGAACAUUGAAAAUAUUUGUUUCUACAAUGUUUUAGAAUUUUUACUUCAAUAUAUUUUCAUGUUUCUACACUGCUGUUUUGUAAAGAUUGCACCUUUUUUGUGUGCAUUACGUUCCUCCUCUGAAUAAAAACCAGGUGUAAAUUGUAGCCGUCUAUGUGUAGUAUUACCCAAUAAAUGUAAGGUACUGUAGUCCUUUACAGGAUAAAAGUUGUGAUAGAUAAUCCACAAAUUAAUAUCUUGUACAUUGAAAGACAAACUUUUAACAGUAUGAAAUGUAUUUUCUGUCAUCAUGAAAGUUGCAUAUCCAAUGAAUUUUUCAUAACCGCAAAUGUCUUUUUUUUUAGUCCCCUACCGAUGAAGUAGAAGCAAUUCAGUUUUCCACACUUUUUUCUCUGUUCUUGUACAUAUUUAUUUCAUAUUUGGUACAUUGCUUUGCCAUAACAAGUUACAGAUCAAGUUCGAAUUUGGUUUCGGUUUGUGGAUUUUUACUAAGUUAUGGCCCUUGAACUUGGAAAAAUCACAUGAAUUAUCAUUUUUCCAGAUUUUUCUCUCUCUGUUUUUGCAGAUAUUCAUUUGAUAUUUGGUACAUUGCUUUGCCAUAACAAGUUACAGAUCAAGUUCGAAUUUGGUUUUGGUCCGUUGAUUUUUCACUGUUAGGGCCCUUUGACUUGGAAAAAUAACAUGAAUUAUCAGUUUUCCAUACUUUUUUCUCUGUUUUUGCAGAUAUUCAUUUGAUAUUUGGUACAUUGCUCUGCCAUAAUAAUCUCAGAAUGCUUGUUGAAUUCAUGCCUUAUUUGUUUAUUAAGUAUUUUCAGUGGCAGGAUAUUGAACGAGACUAUAUUCAAUGAUAGGAUAUUGACCGAGACUGGUCAAUGAUAGGAUAAUGAACGAGAUUGUUUUAUAUAGAGGGUUAAGAUGCUAACUUCAAUUGGUUUAUAGUUUUAAAUACAUACAAUGUCAUGUGAUAAUCUCAUCAGAAAGUACACGUGAUAAGAUGCUCAGACAUCUAUGUUGUUGUCAAUCAUUUCUUUUUUCUAAAAUCAAUCAUGCUAUUGUGAAUAUUUAAAUGUACACGAGAGUCUUUCACUACCGUAUAACAGGUUAUUUUUGUGUGUCACAAAUUUUGCGAAAAUCUCCCAAAACGCUGUUAUUUUUUAUUUGCGUAGUUCUUUGUUUGCGAUUCUCCAAGUUACAAAUUAAUUGACAUUUGACAGGUUUCAAUUUUGUACAGAACAAACAUUACUGUUACGCGUGUUGUCACUCAACAAGUAACAGGUGCGUGUACAGAGUGAUGACACCUGACCACCGUCUAAGACAAUUAGUACUACACCCGAGGUGGCGAGUUUCUACUUACUGAAUUAUUCUUAUAUUGUAAGAAACGGUACACAAUCGGUGUUAAUUUAUGCAAAUUUAAUUGUUUGUAAUUCAAAAAAUACUGACAAAGAAAGCGAAAAUUGGAUUAUCACUAAAAUACCUGUUAUACGGUAAUUCACUGAUAGCAAAGCAAAAUUUACAGAAGCUUUCGUAUGUUCACAUAUAUAUAGAGAUGUAUUCUGUUUAUACCAUUAUAAUACAGGAAGCUUUCAUAUUACAUUUCCAAUAGAUUUCCAUUAGUGUAGUUCAAUUUAAACUAUUUGACUUGCUGUUUCAAUCUUCUCUGUGCAAUAAUUUGUUGAUAUAUUCAAAUUUGUUGUUAUUUAAAAAAAAGAAAUAUUUGAAGAGAUCAAUCCUGAUGAUCAUAAGACAUGAAUGACUGAGUAAAUAGUCGCAUUUACACGCUGUCUUAUGUGUCAUUUAAUAGUAGUGAAGUCAUUUUUGCCUAUAUAAUAUAUAUGUGAAUGUUCAGCAUUAUUGAAGCAGUGCCAUGCUCUGAGAAAGUUCAGAGGUAAUGUGACACCUGUAAUAUCUUAAUAAAUUGUUGAAACUGUU